AUGGCCCGCCCUCCGUCCAGUGGAGACUCUCCUCCAAGAUUUCCUUACGAUCAUGUUCAUCUUGACGGAAGAACACUAGAAGGCGGUGGCCAGCUUUUGCGAAAUGCACUGGCUCUCUCAGCAUUGACUGGUCGCGCCGUGACCGUCGCCCACGUUCGCGGAAACCGCAGGGGCAAAACUGGGUUGAGGCCAUCCCACAGCGCCGCAGUCAAGCUCCUGGCAAAAAUCAGUGGCAGCAAAGUUGACGGUGACCGAGUCACCUCGCAGUCGGUGACCAUCUCCCCUUCAACUACGGAAGAUACCUCCUGCCAGAAUAGGAAUAACGUUUUCAUUCCGCUCCAAAACGUUGCAGUACAACCCGAAUAUAACAUCAACUUGUCAAGUCCGGGUUCAAUAUUUCUCAUUUUUCAGGCCUUGUACCCUUAUCUGCUAUACGUGGGAUCUCGGGCAGGAUCAAAAAGUAUCGAAUUGACUAUGCAAGGCGGCACCAAUGGUAGAGACUCACCUUCAUAUGACUAUGCCACCCAAGUCAUGGCGCCUAAUUUUGCCAGAUUGGGUCUUCCUCGUCUUUCCAUCACCCUACACAAACGUGGAUGGUCAAUAGGAAGAAUAGAACUAGGCUCAGUUACCUUCUCCAUCCAUCCUCUUGCGUUAGCAGGGCCUGAAGGGGAUGUGGGAUCUUCGGGGCUAUCUGGGCGAACCUAUGGCCGCGGGUGCUUAUUCCCACAUAUCAACAUCAUGAAUUACAAGCGUGGGAAAUUAACUGGUAUCGAUGUGACUGUCCUCGCACCGGAUGAGGGAUUUGCACAGGAACAGACAGCCGGAGCAACGACGAUACGCAGCUUCGUUGAACGACAGACUUUUCAAGCCUUGCGCGAGGCACUUCGAGCCUUGGAUCCAAAUAUCUUUGAGACACCAGUCGACUCACUAUCAGGCGACAGCCGCAUACCGAUUCACCUACAUACAUCCGAGCCGACAUCCACCACCAGUCGCUUGUACAUCCUCUUUGUGGCCCACACCUCUAUCGGAUUUAGGAUUGGCCACGAUAUUACCCUCGGGAAAGAAAUCUAUCCCAAGAAAGCAAAGAAGGGUCAGAAUUCGCGCGCCAAGGGUAUUCAGGAUAAGACUGAUGUGGAAAUCGUCGCUGGCCUGAUCGAUGAAUGUGUCCGCGAAUUUAUUGGAGAACUCGUAGACAAGCCUGUACCGGGUAGCAACCCUCACCCCACCUCGGAGUCUAAGAAGAGAUCAUGUCUGGACCAGCAUAUGCGAGACCAAAUCGUGGUGUUUGAAGCCCUUGGUAAGCUGCACCGGAACGAGACUGAGACAAGGUCUCAGGUCCAGGAGGAUGAGCGAUACUGGAGCCUACACACUCAGACUGCGAAAUGGGUGUGUUCAAAAAUGCUAGAGUGA